AUGACCAUCCAAGACGCUGUAGACAGGAAUAUUGUAAGUGAAGAGAAAAAGGAUGAGUUCGCGUUUAUCAAGGCGUCUGAUGUAUCAUUUGAUAUUGGUUCUGGUGCUGUUUCUCAACUGAUCCGUGAAGCUACUUACCGACUACUUCGCUCCCCACGUCCUCUUUACUUAUCCUUUCGCACACAAGACAAACCUCUUUUACUACCUCUUGCUUACAUUAAGACUUAUAAUCGAAUAUCAUAUUCUAAUUUUACGGUAAGAUUCUAUCCAAAUACAAUACGCUUGAAAGCUAAUAAUGUUCGCAUGCAUUCAGUAUCAAAUAUCACUCCAAAUAUAUGGCCUAUAAGUUUUGGAGACGAAACCGUCAACCUUGUUGUUUUGAUGGGAGACGUUGAAGUGACGGCUAGAAUGGAAAAAAGAACUGCUCGAAUGUUAUCCUGUUCCUUACAGAAUACAAUCAUUAAUGCCACAUCAAAAAAUUAUUGGAUGAUAGAUACGUUGCUGCUUAUGGCCUCAAAUCCUAUACAGUCUUACCUUCAAGAGCUCAUUUGUCCUUCUAUCUCUAAGUUCAUUUCGAACAUUGAGAGUGCUACUGUAAUGAAUAUGUCGUUGAAUGAAAUAUUGCCAGUACACAUUCGCAAUGCAAUCAACACCGUAGAUUCUUCACUAUUCUAUCGUCUAACAUCAAUAACAGCGGAAGAGAAGCAUAUUCUCAUCGUAAUGCAAAUGGGAUGGAAACGUCCCUUAGAAAGGAAUGAAGAAAUUUCUACAAAUGUAACAAAUAUCAAUAUGAAAUGGGAUAAUGAAGAUAGGAUAGUGAUUUGGAUUGAUGAUACUGCUCUGACUGAUUUCUUAAAUCAGAUUAAAUGGGAUUUCCAGUGGAUGGAAGAAACAAUUGCAGUGACCAGUCCUGUCAUACCACUAUCCUCCCGAGAAUUCCUUUCUACUCUCUGUACUUCUUGCUAUUUCUUGCUCAAUGUUUGGGCUAAUGGUCCACCAGUUUUAACAGCUACUAAUAAUACCGUUGUAUUAGAGAAGCGUGAUAGGCUCAAUUUGCGGGUUGUAAAUCCAGAUAAAAAUGUCACUUCUGUUUUUGUAUCAAUGUUUCUGGCUCUUACCGCUGAAUUAAGACCGGUCAUCGAUUCUGGAACCUUGCGCACACUAGUGCAACUACUUGAUACAAGUGUGGUUAUGGAAAGUGGCGCCUUUCCACCUUCCUGGUCCUUCUUUGUUCAGGAUCUGAUAAAAGAAAUGAUAACGCAAAUGAUGUGGCCGGAAAUGCGGAAGCAAAUUGAGGAGCUAACAUAUAGUGAAGGAAUUCGUCUAGCAAAAUCAUGCGGAAUCAACCCACAAAAUGCAGAGAUUUUGAUUGGUGAAGGUCGCCUAGGGCUUUCCGCAACUCUUAAUCUACAAAGUUUACAAGCAGAAGAAUGUAUAAAAGAUCUCAAAAGUGCUUUACCAAAUACUGCAAAACUUUUUCCCAAAUAA